GGAUCAAGUAGGGCUACACUGAGCUAGGCCAGCGAACAGCUCUUGGUUCGGGCCCAACUCAGAUCAAGCAUGUAGACGUUACUGAGUUGUUACUGAUCAGCAGGUGAGCCUUCUGUACCUUUUGACACUCAGACUGAGAGUGCAUGGGAAGGACGAAGAGAGGAAUGAUGAGAAUCAUGCUGGCACCAGUCGGACUAACAAAAGUUGACGACGACGCUUAACAAGGACGUCCAUAUUUAUAUAUACGCUAGGGCGUCCCUGAUCCUCUUUGAAGUCUUUUGCAUCUGCCACGCUCCUUGGAGGCCACUUGAAGAGGUAGAGCUGACGGCCCACGCCCUGUUGCGCUUGCAGACAUUCCCAGCAACCGAGCUCAGCCUGCCAGAGGCAACAUGGACGGGGCUGGGCAGGUCGCAUCUGCUGCCGACCGGGGCGAGAGCUUUGCGUCGCGUCUCUCGACCUUCAUCGUCGGGACACCCGUGCCGGCUCCAGCGACGGGCUCUGGAGUGAAGGCGCCGCAAUGGAGGCACCAUUUGUGCAAGGAUGCCAUCGCACCAACCAUGGACGUAGUCUUAAUGUUGUCUUCCGCAUCUGCUUCUGACGCCCCCGCUGCACCGUUGAAUCCUCAAGCUGCUGCCCGAGCGCGAAUGCUAGCCAUGCAGGCUGCCAGAAGAGGAUUGCCUCCACCCGCAACUCCGGGAGGCCACUCACUCCUCCGAGAAGGUCAAAUGAAGGCUUCACUAUGGCGAUGUGGAGAUGAAGCUCAGCAGGUUUGGAGCGUGGACCUCACGCUGGCCAAGAUAUGGAAGGCAGGCACGAAGGGCGAAGUCAAGCACGAGAUCCCCGGCAUGACGUGGAGUCCUGAUGGUCGUCGAUUUGCCGUUUUGCAUCGUCUCGUCCUCGUCGAUGCUGGAGAUGAAGGCAAAGCGUCAACGCAGCAUCCUCGUCGCUUCAUCACUGUACACCGUGUCUCUGAUGGUUAUCGCGAGGUCUUGUACGAGCUGCCACCCACCUCGCUUGCUGUCCAACAACCCACAAUGGGGGGUUGCGUUUGGACAAGCUCGACAUUGAAACACAAGGCCCCUUCUGCGGGGUUUCCAAGUCUGCCAAAGCUGACUGCGCCAGUCGAUCCUGCGCUCAGCUCGACUGGACCUGCUGUGAGGCUGAUGCCUCAUCAGCUAGCAGCUGCCAACGCGCGUGCAGCGGCCAACGCUUCAGGUCUCGCUUCAGAGCAACCUAUAUCUGAUGUUCGCGGCAUUGGGCCUGCGCUCCACGCGUUGCCGUACAUCCAUCUCGAAGAAAGCAAGGACCGUCUAGUGAGGAACACGGAAGAGGGCACAUCUACGGCCAUGUAUACAGCUGCACGCGACAAAGCUGCACAGCGUCGCAAGUGCUUUUCUGACGAGGAAGACGUCGAUGUCAGCAUGCUCGUCACGUGGACCAAUGAUCGGCUGGACUUCUUGCUGGAAGGAAGCGCUUAUCUCGGGGCUUUGGAGCUUGCAAGUCCUACGUCGUCCACGAUGCAUGGGACCGAGCCACAGCAGAUCUUGUCGGCUGCCUUGUCGGCCAAUCUUCAGCACUUGCAUCUGGUCGUGCGAAAGCCUGUUCAACUCGAAGCCGAGGAGCAAAUCGUGUUGACGCAAUAUCAAUUGCCGCUGCAAAUACAGACUAGCGGCAGUGCGCCCCUUGUCAGAAAUCUUUCGCCUUUGCUUGGCCCUGCGUGCGUCCUUGCCAAGCUGUCCGCUGAUCUUCAUGCGCUGUCGACGCAAGUGCUGGCACAUUUACACUUCAUUCGCACCACGUACUCGACAAUGCGAACACAUGCAGCGACUUGGCAAUCUCACUGUCGCACAGUGUCAGAGCAAUUUUACUCGCGACCAGACGCACCGACGAGAGCGGGUCUGGAGAGGGACAUGAUGCUCCUUCUCACUACUGGACGCGUCACCGACGCACUGGACCAUCUGCUUGCUGGCAACGAAGGCCUCACUCAAGGUGUCUUGGACAAGAUGAAGGACGAGAUGCUCAGAGCUGCCGACAAAUUGGCAGAAGAUUUUGGCAAGGACGUCAGUCAGGCUGCUGAGCGCAUGCUGGUGACGUAUGAGGAGGUCAAAGGCUGUGUCACCUGGACGACCCGCUUUGGGGCUCUGCUUUCAGACUCUGCAGCCAUCACUACAGAAAUUGACGCGAACAUUGUAUUGCUUCAAAUGGCCCUCAAAAGGUGUCUCAAAGCGCAGCGAGAAGCUGAGUGCGAGGGUCUGGCUUGGGAAGAGUUCUUCAAUUGGUGGAACGUUGAGCGAGAUCGACAAGAUCGGCUUCGACGCGCUGAAGGCGGAGAAGCUGCAAAGCCUCACCAUGACGCUUUGACUGUGGCGGAGCUCAUCCGCAGAGGCUUCGUUUCUCCAACCCUUGACCAUACCCUCUACGGUGUGCCAUUGCCGACGCAACCCCAGGACUUUUCUGAUCGUCGGGAGGCCGCACCUGACACAGCUAGUCUUGCAGCUUCACACAGCCCUGAUUCUGCUGUCGAGCUGCUCGCAGCGACGCGCGCGAGAAUUGGAUCCGAGGAGACCUACCAGGCGAGACCUGGUGAUUUACGUUCACGUUUGAGGAGACUGCGCGAACGCCUGAACACAUUCGCCGAAGCGUCGACGACUGGUGGCAACGCUGCACAUCGUUCCGAUGCACCGAUGCUGUUCGCUGGUCCUUCGACGCACGUGCCACCAUUGCUGCAGGAUUCGUCCACAAGCGCAAGUCUGACGACGUUGUUCGAGACGGUGCUCAAAAGCUCGUCGAAGCUCUUCUCAGAGGCACUUGAACGUACCAUGAGCUAUUCACAGCCAAGGUCGAGCAGCAGCUUUGCUGGCGAGUCCCUAUUCUCGUCAUCCUCGAUGGUUUCUGCUAGAGAUCACCAUUCGACUCACGCCAGCUCUCAAGCUUCGUGUGGCGCCUUGCUGGUGCGAGAAACCCUGCUUGAAGGAACGGCGAUGAUGGGCACGGACGCACCUGAGUUCCUCCUAGUUGCAAGCUCUCGCCCUGGCGGCGCGGAUGGAGCCUUCUCCGAGCUGCACGUGACCGCUUCCACCAUCUCCCAAUCCUCAACACCUACAGACGGACCUCGGUCGUAUCCACAGACUGCUUUCAUCUCAUGUGCUCUUGGUGCUUCAUCAAUCGUCCUCGACUUUGAUUGGUACGGCCAAUUGCUCAUUGCGCUCGUCUCGACCGAAUCCGCUCUUGCUACCAGGCGACAGCUCCUCAUUUGGAGACCGCGAGACGUCUGGCGCGAAUUCAACAGUGCGGCUUCUGUCCGCGGAGACGCCUUGCAACAGGUCAAACCCAUCGCUUCGAUCACGCUAGACGGACCAGACUCUCGCGCUUCGCGGUUAUCGCUGAAUCGAUUCAAGAGCACGGCUGCUAUUUUCAGCGAGCCGGAAUCAGCUGCGCUUGGAACGACAGAAGCCGGUCAGCAGACUCAAGUCUCAUACUGGGAUCUUUCUGGAAUCGACGCUGAGGACAUCAGCAUGUAAUUGUACUAUUCGAUGAUCAUCAGGCACAAAAAGUCAUGUGACACUGGGCGACCGCAAUCGACACGCAUCAUGCAAUUCAGAAUUUGCGCGUCCAAUGACUAGAUCUUACAUCGAGGAUGAUGGAGCAGAACGAUGUGAUGGAACUCAGUGUGCACGCGCUUCAGGCCUUGAGGUCC